AUCGGAAUGACGCCAACAAAUCACAACUUCUUGGUUGCGUUUUGUUUGAUGCGAGAUGAGGCGGCUGUGUCGUACUCGUGGGUGCUGCAGGGAUUGAGAGAUAUUUUCGGCACUGCUCAGACUCCUAGCGUCAUUGUAACCGAUCGUGACGAAGGUUUAUCUGCAGCUAUUCGUGACGUCUUCCCAGAUGUACGUCAUUUGUUAUGCACCUGGCAUAUUGGCAACGAUGUUGAGAACAUGGUGGACAAGUUGUGCGGCGGCAAGAAAAAUCAACAAGGGCAGUUAUUCAGGAAAAGUAGAUGGAACCCCUUGGUUGAAAGUGCUACAAUCCAGGAAUAUGAAAAGAGAUGGGAAGGGAUCGGGUACGGUCAUGGGCAUGUUCUUCAGCAUUUAAGUGCUACAACUUAUACGAUCUAUAAGUGGGAGAGGAAGACUUUCGACGUCUCUGUGAGGAGGGUAAAAAGCAUUAUAGUAGAUGUUAAGAGGAGUCGAGGUAGACCAAAGAGAAUUUGGGAUGAGCAAAUAAGAGUAGACUUGCAGGAGUUAAACCUCUCUGCGGACCUAACUAGAGAUAGGAGCAGUUGA